AUGAAAGCUUCCCCCACCUUCCACUUGACCAUGGCCACUCCUCGUCUCCCCUGCCUCUUCGUUCUCCUCCUCCUCUCCACCGCCUCGGCGGAGUACGCGGAGGAGCUACUUCGGCGCGCCGAGGGCGAGCGAGAGUGGAUUACCGGCGUGCGGCGGCGCAUACACGCCCACCCGGAGCUCGCGUUCCAGGAGCACCGCACCAGCGCCCUCGUCCGCGAGGAGCUCGAGCGGCUAGGUGUUACCGCCCGCGCCGUUGCCGGCACCGGUGUCGUCGCUGAUGUCGGCUCGGGCAUGCCCCCGAUCGUCUCCCUCCGCGCCGACAUGGACGCCCUGCCCAUCCAGGAAUUGGUGGAGUGGGAGCAUAAGAGCAGAGUUGAUGGUGUAAUGCACGCCUGUGGUCAUGAUGUGCACACAGCGAUGCUACUGGGAGCGGCAAAGUUGCUUCAUGAGCGCAAGGAUCAGCUUAAGGGAACAGUGAGACUCCUUUUUCAACCUGCUGAGGAGGGUGGUGCUGGUGCAUCUCAUAUGAUAAAAGAAGGUGUUCUUGAUGGUGUUGAAGCUAUAUUUGCAAUGCAUAUCGAUUAUCGGAUGCCAACAGGGGUAAUAGCUGCUCAUGCAGGACCAACACAAGCAGCUGUAUGUUUCUAUGUAGUGAAAAUAGAAGGUAAAACCGGGAAGGCUGAAACCCCACACUUAAAUGUGGAUCCUAUUGUUGCUGCAGCAUUUACCGUCCUGUCCCUGCAACAGCUCACUUCAAGAGAAGAUGAUCCUCUUCACAGCCAAGUGCUCUCUGUCACCUAUAUUAAAGGUGGGAACUCAGUUGAUGUCAUACCUCCAGUUGUUGAAUUUGGAGGUACUUUGAGGAGCCUCACUACUGAAGGACUUUAUCGGCUACAGAAAAGACUUAAGGAGGUAGUAGAAGGGCAGGCAGCUGUACAUAGAUGCAGGGGAGUUACGGAGAUAUUGGGGGCUCCCUCCCACCCAAUGUAUCCUGCCGUCGUCAAUGAUGAGAGACUGCACCAGCAUGUAGAGAAUGUGGGCAGAAGUUUGCUUGGUCCAGACAAGGUGAAGCCCGGAGAGAAGAUCAUGGCAGGGGAAGACUUUGCAUUCUACCAACAGUUAGUUCCUGGCGUUAUGUUUGGUAUCGGUAUUAGAAAUGAGAAAGUCGGUUCGGUCCACUCUGCUCACAACCCACAUUUCUUUGUCGACGAGGAUGUCCUUCCGAUUGGAGCUGCAUUGCAUACUGCCACCGCAGAAAUGUAUCUUUCUGGGCGUUCCACUCAAAAUGAAGAUGGAAGCGUGCAUUCGACGAUUUGA